AUGGCUUACUGCCGGAGAUUUAUGAAACCACAAAAUCGCCGAGCCAGCACAUCCCUUGAAGCGGAAGAGUUGCUGGAAAGCAAAACAGCUAUACUCAGAUUGGUACAAAGGGCUUACUUUCAAUCCGAUAUCGAACAGAUGAUACUGACAGGAAAAGUCAAAAAAUCGAGCCACUUAAAGAGUCUUAACCCAUUCUUAUAUCCACAAGGUUUACUCAGAGUGGACGGAAGAAUACACAAUGCUCCAUUAGAAUACAGUCAAAGACACCCCAUUAUAUUACCAAUGAAUGGUCAUCUUAGUUAUCUCAUAAUAAGGGACGCUCAUAAUCAAACUUUACAUGGAGGAAAUCAAGCCACUCUCAACUAUCUUCGACAAAACUAUUGGAUUAUCCAAGCAAGGAACAAAGUGAAACAUGUCGUCCGACAAUGCGUUGUGUGCACGAGAUUCCGAGCAGAGACCCGAAACCAAUUGAUGGGAUCGCUGCCAAAACCCAGAGUAUCUCCAUCCCAUCCUUUCACGCACUCGGGAAUAGACUAUGCAGGACCGGUGCAAAUAAGGCUUUCCAGAGGAAGAGGAUGCAAAUCGUACAAAGGAUACAUAGCGAUAUUCAUCUGCCUGUCAACCAAGGCAAUUCACAUAGAAGCAGUAACAGAUUUAACAUCAAAUGCCUUCAUGGCCGCCUUCAGAAGAUUCAUCUCGCGCAGAGGAAUAUGCACCGAUUUGUACUCAGACAACGGAACGAAUUUUGUCGGCGCCAAGAAAAUCCUGGACAAGGAAACCAAAGAAGCUAUUGACGAACAAGCCCUAAAAGAAGCAGUUGCAAUCGAAGCCGUGCGAUGGCAUUGGAAUCCUCCAGCAUCCCCUCAUCAUGGAGGUCUAUGGGAAGUUGGAGUCAAAUUCAUCAAGUAUCAUCUGAAACGAGUAAUCGGCAACCACACACUCACAUAUGAGGAACUGUCAACCCUACUGUGUCAAAUAGAAGCAUGCCUGAAUUCACGCCCAUUAACAGCCCUCUCAGAAGAUCCAGAGAAUAUAGAUGUGAUCACGCCGGGGCACUUCCUAAUCGGACACCCCCUUAAAAUGAUUCCUGAAACUCCAUUUUCAUCAGAUGAAAGGUUGAGUCUUCACAACAGAUGGUCCAUUAUUCAGGCGAUGAAAAAGGAUUUUUGGAAAAAAUGGACCAACGAAUACUUAACUAGACUAGCAUAG